AAAAAAAAUGGUCUUUUUUUUGUUCGACCCUUCCAUUACUGUGGAUAGGAAAGAGUGGGAAUCUCCCUGGCUUUGUGGGGCUUGGGAUCUUCUCAUCUUUUCCACUCUUCUCUACAGUCUUCUUCUUGUUUUCUCUGAUUCCAAUCAGCAAAUGUUGCAGAUAUGAGUACUUCUUGGGACAGUGAUGAUGAAUAUAUGAAAUUUAUUCAGAGGAUGAACCCUCCAAGGGUUGUCAUUGACAAUGAAGCAAGUCAGAAUGCAACAGUAGUUAAGGUUGACAGUGCAAAUAAAUAUGGAAUACUUUUGGAAGUAGUUCAGGUCCUCACAGACCUGAAUCUUAUCAUCAAGAAAGCCUACAUAUCAUCAGAUGGGAAGUGGUUCAUGGAUGUAUUCAAUGUGACCGAUCGAGAUGGAAAGAAGCUUAGGGAUGCAAUUACAAUAAAUGGGAUUGGUGAUUACAUACGGAAGUCAUUGGGAGCAGACUCUUGUUUUGUGCCAACACGGAGGCGGUCAGUGGAUGUUGCGCUUUCAACUGACCACACCUCAAUUGAAUUAACAGGGACCGAUCGACCAGGCUUGCUCUCUGAAGUGAGUGCAGUGCUUAAUGACUUGAAAUGCAAUGUUGUGAAUGCCGAAGUAUGGACGCAUAAUACCCGAGCUGCUGCAGUGAUGCAUGUGACAGACGAUUUAACUGGCUCUGCCAUUACUGAUCCUGAAAGGCUUUCUAAAAUCAAGGAGCUCCUUUGCAAUGUGCUAAUGGGGAGUAACAAGGUCCAAGGAGCAAAGAUGGUAGUCUCUGGGGAGGUCACACACACAGAACGACGACUCCACCAGAUGAUGUUAGCUGAUCGAGACUACAAAAGGUCAGAUAAGGAUCUUUUCGAUGUGAAUGUCAGACCCAGUGUGACUGUUGCCAAUUGCUAUGAUAAGGACUAUUCUGUGGUUAUCGUUAAAUGCAAGGACAGGCCAAAGCUUCUCUUUGACAUAGUUUGCACUUUGACAGAUAUGAAGUAUGUUGUUUUCCAUGGGAAUGUAGAUGCCGAGAGUCCUGAAGCUUAUCAGGAGUUCUUCAUUAGGCAUGUAGAUGGAUCCCCUGUCAACUCUGAAGCCGAGAGGCAGCGAGUAAUCCAGUGUCUCGAAGCAGCAAUUGAGAGAAGAGUAUCUGAGAUAUGGCACAAAGUUGCUGAGGAAGUAAAUUGUUUCAUCUUCUGGUUAUUUACCAAAUGCUUUCAGGGUUUGAAGCUGGAGCUGUGCACAGGUGAUAGGGUCGGUUUAUUAACCGAUGUCACCCGAAUCUUUCGCGAGAACAGCUUGACUGUCACAAGAGCAGAAGUUUCCACCAGAGGUGGCAAAGCCAUCAACACAUUUUAUGUUCGUGAUGCCGCCGGCAAUCCAGUUGAUGCAAAGAUAAUUCAUUCUAUUCGUCAAGUCAUCGGCCAAACCAUUCUUCAAGUAAAAGGUUACUCCGAGCAUCCGACCUCCUCUCCUCCACAAGAAUCUCCUAUACGAUUUCUCUUCGCCGGACUUUUCAAAUCAAGAUCUCUCUGUAAUUUCACAUCAGUUCUGUCUAGUUCUUAAGCAUAUGCAAUCAGUCUUGUGUACACAUUUAUAUACAUUUUCCCUUCCUGUAAAUCUCAUCACAUGUACAUGAACCUUUGCCUUGUAGAUGAAUAACAUCUUCUGUUGUUAAAAAACAUCUUAUGUUGCUC